AUGAUUCAUACCAAAGAAAAAGUUAAACCUCCACGAAGUCUUCGAACGGCACGACUAUCUGUAGUAAAAAAUAAAAUAUCCACUCCUGUUAGUAUUCCAACCCCUCAAAAAGUUGCUGCCAUUGCAACUCCAAAAAAAGUCAUCAAGGCUCUUUACGAUUAUCAAGCACAAAGUCCCUUAGAAUUAUCUUUUAACCGAGGUGAUUUCUUUCAUGUCACUGGUAGAGAAAACGAUACUCAUUGGUAUGAAGCUUGUAACCCUGUCUCCAAUUCUCGUGGUGUUGUCCCUGUAAGUUAUUUUCAAGUAUUGGAGAAAAACGAACGAAAUACGAACGAACCUCCUCUUUCUACAACAACCACUGCUGCUAGUAUGAACAAAAAGAUGCAACCAUUGUAUGGAAUUGUUUUAUAUGACUUUCAAGCUGAACGAUCGGAUGAAUUGGAUGCAAAGGCUGGUGAACCUAUUAUAGUGAUUGCUCAAUCGAAUUUAGAAUGGUUUGUGGCAAAACCCAUUGGACGACUAGGCGGGCCUGGAUUGAUUCCAGUGUCUUUUGUGGAAAUCAGAGAUGCUGUAACUGGACGUACAAUCAAUAAUGUUGGUGACUUGAUGCAAACUUCGGCUGCUCCUAUUCCCAAGGUAGAAGAAUGGAAGAAAAUGACUCAAGGUUAUGAAGCUACAAGUAUUCCUUUAGAUAAGUAUGAACCAAUGGUAGUCUCAGCAUGUAUGGAUUCUUAUAUCUUGGAAGGUGAUCAAUAUUGGUUCAUUGUCUAUGCUCGACUCAACAAUGACUUUUAUGAUUUUCAAAUCAAUUUACUUCAUGAAUUUCCCAAUGAAGCUGGCAAAGAAGAUCGUGAAAGGAUAUUACCAUAUAUGCCUGGACCCUUAACCCACGUGAAUGAAGAAGUGACAGCUGAACGACAACAUGAUUUGGAUAAAUAUUGUCAAGAACUAUUGAAUUUGCCACCUUAUUUAUCAGAAUGUUCUCUUGUACAGCAUCAAUUAUUUGGUAUUCAUGAAGGUGAUGUGGAAACAGAUCAAGACCCACAAACACUACCCAUGACAACACAAACAACACAAACUAGUACUAUGACCAAUUCGGGAACAAUUAAAGUCAAGAUUAUACACAAGGAUGAUAUCAUUGCCAUCAAGGUACCUACCAAUUGUACUCUAGGUGUAUUACAAUCGAAAAUCGCAGAUCGACUUGGAUUUGAAGUUAAAUUACAAUACAAGGCGGAAUCUAGUAAGGAUCGAUUACCUUUGGAAACUGAAUUAGAUAUGGAAGAAGCCUUUACCAUGUCUAUCAAGUUGGGCAAGUUGACGGUUUAUGCUGAUGAAGAUCAAGGAAAUAGUUAG